ACUCAUUCAACAGCGAACUUCAAGACCAAACCAUGAGCGAUGAGGACCCAAUCACCCAAUUUUUCCCUGGAGAGGAAGAUGUUGACCUCUAUGCUGUACUUUUACUGAAACCAGAGGCAAAAAUUGAAGAAAUCAAAAAAUCAUACAGGAAACUCGCUCUCGUUUAUCACCCCGAUAAACAUGCCACUGCGAGCGAAGCCGACAAGGCUACCGCGUCUACGAAGUUUCAGCAGAUAGGAUUUACAUAUGCUGUCCUCAGUGACGAAAACCGCAGGUCAAAAUAUGAUAAGACGGGCAGGACUGACGAGGGCUUGGGUAUCGAAGCUGGAGAGGAAGGUGGAUGGGAAGCGUACUUCGAGGAUUUGUUCGACCGCGUCACGAAGGGGAAACUCGAUGAAAUGAAGAAGGAAUACCAAGGCUCUUCAGAAGAGCUGGAUGAUUUGAAGGCGGCGUAUGAAGAAACCGGUGGUUCAAUCGGAGAUAUCAUGAUGCACAUACCACACUCGACUAUCGUCGAUGAACCACGCUUUAUCAAAUCCUUAUCUGAUUUAAUAGCCAAUGGCGAGCUAGCCAAAUUGGCUAAGUGGGAAUCCAGCGUUAAGGAUGAGAAAGCAAGGCUAGUGAGGAAGAAACAGGGCGAUAAGGAGGCCAAGGAGGCAGAAGAGCUUGCUAAAGAGCUUGGUGUGUGGGAUGAAUUUUACGGGAAUGGAAAGCCUGGGUCGAGAAAGGGGAAAGGAAAGAAGGGGCAAAGUGGCGAUGAUGAUGAAGAGGAUCACUCAGCACUACAAGCUUUGAUACUGAAGAAAAAGCAAAACAUGGACGGAUUCUUUGACAGUCUUGCGGCCAAAUAUGCCGGAGCAGACUCUUCAAAGGGGAAGAAAACCGACAAAGGCAAGAAAAAAAGGGGUAUGGAGACGGAAGACGUUGCAGAGGAAUCACCUAGGAAAAAAUCUAGACGUAACGUUGAGGAACCGCCAGAGAUCGACGAUGCUGAGUUCGAGAAGUUGCAGGCGAAGCUUUUUGGUGACAAAGCCAAGGCCUCUAGUGCUACCACCCCUCCCAGUUCACGAGGGAAGAAGGCCGGGAGAUCGAGGAGAGCGAAGUGAAGUAGAUUUCUAUGAUAUCAUUUGUAGCUCACGUGUAAUUGUAGUCCUCUUGUAUCUACGAUAUUUAAUAUGUAGUGUAUCUUCCUAUGUUGUCGUAUUGUUUAGUCCAGGAGAGUCAUAUGAAGUCCAGAAAAGCAAUUGUCUAGUUCCGCCAAAUUUUAUAUUUGGUGAGGUCACACAA